AUGCACGAAAAUAAUCAUGGAGCCUCAAGUUUUAUUUGCAAGGCAACCUGUAUUGCCACAAUUGCCAACAUUACCAUCAUUGACUGUACAAUUAUUAACAGUUUCGGUCAUCAUAUUACAGCGAACAAUUCGUCAUAAUUCAAUCACAACUAAACAACCAAUCGCUGAUCAAUAUGAUUUUCUUGUUGUCGGUUCUGGAACAGCGGGUGCUAUACUUGCUGCAAGGUUAACAGAGAAUCCUAAUAUCAAUGUGUUAGUGUUAGAAGCCGGUGGACCACAAACAAUUGCAACUGAUACACCUAGUUGGGCUCGGCAAGAAGUUGGAACUGAAGUCGAUUGGGGAUAUGCAACGAUAUCUCAACUUCCAUAUUCUGGUCGUGCUUUUGAUGGUCAUGUGGGAUUACCUCGUGGUCUAGUCGUUGGUGGUUCUCAUAAUCUCAAUUAUCUUGUCUAUAGUCGUGGAAGUCCUAGAGAUUAUGAUUCUUGGGUUGAAGAAUUCGGUGCUACUGGUUGGAGUUAUCGAGAAGUAUUACCAUAUUUUAUUCGGUCUGAAAACAAUACUGAUCAAAAAAUUAUUGCAAUGAAUUCCGCUUAUCAUUCCACAAGUGGCCCUGUAAGUGUUAUGACACCCAAAAAUCCUGAUCCGAUUAUCACUAUUUUCAAAGAAGAAUUAAUGAAACGAGGAAUUCCCGAAGUUGAUCAAAAUGGACCAACACAAUUAGGUAUCAAUUAUUUUCAACAAACCAUAUAUGAAAAUGCAACUCGUUCAACAACAGCUAGUGCAUAUCUUGAAGCUAAUGUUGAAAGACCGAAUUUACAAAUCCUAACAAAAGCAUUCGUUACUAGAAUUUUGUUCAAUGAAACUCGUGACAAAGAUGGCAGAAUUACAGCAAUUGGUCUUGAAUAUGAACAUGAAAAUCAAACGCAAAGAGUUUAUGCUUCGCGAGAAGUCAUACUGAGUGCAGGUUCAAUAAAUUCACCUCAAUUAUUGAUGUUGUCUGGAAUUGGACCAUCCAAUCAUCUCAAUGAAUUUGGAAUCGAAACUUUAGUCGAUUUGCCCGUUGGAUAUAAUCUAAAGGAUCAUAUCUUUGUUCAAUUAGAUUAUGAAAUUUUCAAUGAAUCAUUGAUUACUUCGGGAAUCGAAUGGACACUUGAAAACAUGUACUAUAAUUUCGUCGAUUCAGCUGGACCAUUGUCUCAAUUUCCAUUAGUAUAUAUGUACUUUAAUAGUCGUAUGAAUAAUGAAACUGAUUGGCCUGAUCUUCAAAUUGAUUUCACCGUUAGUCCAUUGGUCAAUGAUCUUGAACAAAUUGUUGCACGUUAUAGCCCAAUUUAUCGAGAUCAAUGGCGAAACUAUUAUCGUUCACAUGUUGGCCAAAAAAAUCGUCUAGGUAUUCUAUGUUUUCAUUAUCGACCACGUUCAACUGGUCGACUUUAUCUAAACUCGUCUGAUCCACAUGAUUUUCCAUUGAUUGAUACACGUUAUUUGACUGAUCCAUAUGAUGUGAAUUCAAUGGUUGAAGUCAUAUCAACAGCUUUGGAAUUAGCAAGCAUGCCACCAUUUAAUCAAUAUGUACGAUUAUAUCGACAACCAAUACCUGGUUGUCAGCUUUGUCCAAAUGGUCCAAUCUGGAAAUGUAGAUCAUAUCUAGAAUGUUAUGCAAGAACAAUAACAACAACUGUUGGCCAUCAAGUUGGCACUUGUAAAAUGGGUAAUACAACCGAUUCAGUUGUUGAUCCAAGAUUAAGAGUACGUGGUGUUAAUCGUCUUCGAGUUAUAGAUGGAUCCAUCUAUCCACACAUCACCAAUGGCAAUACAAACGCACCAAUCAUGAUGUUUUCUGAAUAUGGAUUUGACAUGAUACGCCAGGAUAAUGGUAUAUAAUUUAAGAUCAAUAACAAAAGAAACUAUUGAAAAAAUGUGUGA